CUGUACCGACACCGGGCAUGCCCGUCCCAUCAACAGCAGGUGGAGCUCACCUCUCCGCCCCUCUCACACCCAGAGCGGGAAAAAGCACAUCGGCGUGGAUUAUACAGACGGGAUUAUGUGUGAAAUAAAACCAGUUAAAUUAUGAUUUAAGUGUUGUUCAGUAGCUAAUGCUAUCAUUAAUAUCAUCUGGGUUUUCAUAAGCCCUACACACUGUGCGUGACGCGCGUUUGGGGAGCGCAGGCGCUUAGCGUGAGAUUGGAGGUGUGGCGUGAGAGCGCGUGAAGAGGGUCAGAUGCGUGUGUCUCGCGCUCAGUGCGUGAGAGUUGGCAGCCCACGCUGUCUCGUGAUGCUGGGGUUCACUUCUGAGUGAAAACCUGUUCAACGUUUGUGUUCGUGCUGACUCUUCCUAUAGGAAACGUUCAUGUGACAUCACGUGACCUUCUCCCUGUCCGUCGCUAAUGUAAAGCAGAGGUGAAGGGUCAUCACCGUUAUCUCUCCAGACAUCCAGAGACUGAGGCUCCAUUUUUAGAAACUCCAUCUCCCAUGAUGCUUUAGUGUCGCACCGCAACCAGCGAGAGUGAGGCGCAGCUGGGGGUGAGGACAGAGUUAUCUCUCCUCAUGGAGCAGGUCGACCAGCAGCCAGAAGACACAAGCAUGGCCAGACACCAGGAGGUGGAGCGCAUCGCCAAAAAGCUGGACACGAUGGUGCACAAGAAGAACACGGACGGUGCUCUUGACCUGCUGAGGGAACUAAAAAACAUGAAGAUGUCUCUAGAAACUCUGCAGUCGACCAGAGUUGGCAUGUCUGUGAACGCUGUGAGGAAGCAGAGCUGUGAUGAGGAGGUUCAGACUCUGGCUAAAGCUCUCAUCAAGAUGUGGAAGAAGCUGCUGGAUGGUGCUGAAGGGAAGCUGGAGGAGAAGAGGAGAGAAGACUCUCCUGUGAGAUCUUCAUCUACCUCCAAAGACUUGGGCAGUAAUGAGAAAAGCAGUAAGAUGUCGGAUGUCAUUCCCACAACUCCAACCACUCCCACCCUGCCCCUUCGGGUCACCUCCUUCCCUUCCGCCCCGGUCACCACGGACAGCGUGAGGAACAAGAGUCGAGAACUGCUGGUAGCUGCUUUGCAGACGGGUGAUGACCACAAAGCCAUAGGAGUGGACUGUGAGAACCUGGCAGCGCAGAUCGAAGAGCAGAUAUUUCAGGAGUUUAAGUCAACAGACAUGAAAUACAAAAGCCGACUCCGAAGUCGCAUCUCUAACCUGAAAGACCAGAAGAAUCCAGAUCUGCGUCGUAACGUCCUGUGUGGAAACAUCUCGUCACAACGCAUCGCCUGCAUGACUGCGGAGGAGAUGGCAAGUGCCGAGCUGAAGCAGAUCAGAGAGGCUCUCACCAAAGAGUCCAUCAGAGAACACCAGCUGUCCAAGGUUGGAGGAACUGAGACCGACAUGUUUGUCUGCAGCAAGUGUCGUGGGAAGAACUGCACGUACACACAGGUGCAGACCCGCAGCGCUGAUGAGCCCAUGACUACGUUUGUUGUGUGCAACAGCUGUGGCAACCGAUGGAAGGUGAGGAACCACCGUUAGAUGCUACAACAGAAGUUUAUCUCAAACGUUUUAUUAGUCCUAACAGAUCAUUUGGGGGGAUUUAAUGGUUGAUAUGAAUUCUUCUUUUUCCAGGAAGGAAUGAUUUUGCAACUUUAGUCAUUUUUAAAAGUAGAAGUCAGAUGUCCAAAUUAAUUUAGGAUGUAUCGUAGACUUAUUUUUUAGCUCGAUUAUUGCCGUAGCUCAUCGUAGAUGCACGUGAAACUGCAUUGAUUGUGGCCAAAAAGCUGCAUCUUUAUCUCCUCGGACCAUAAAAAAGGGUUCAGUUCAACAAACAAACAAACAAACAAACAAACCUCACGCUGGUGAGUGGAUGACUGUAGGUGAAAUGAUCACAGUGGUGUCCCCCCUCGGUGCACCAGGGCCUCUAGAAGUUGCUCUACUCCAGCACACCUGAUUACGUCUUCUGCAGACAUGAAUUAGCUGAUGAACAGGUGAUCUAUCAAAACCAGCCGUGUUGGAGCAGAGAAAUAGCUAAAACAUGUUGGGUCGUGGCCCUCUAGCACCAGGGUUGGAGACAUUGCAGUAGUUUUUUAGACUCUUGACUUGUAGAAACAUCAGCCUCUCUGACUCUCAGACACGUUUCUUGUUCUAUCACAAGAUGGCAGAAGAAGCUCAUCUUUUAGUUUACAUCUACUCUUCAUUAUUCUUUUAAAAUAUUCUGUCCCUGUCCCUCAUUUUGUGUAUACGAGAUAUCCAAACACCUCUAGCGAAUCGUGGUUCCCUGAGAACUUUGUGGAUCAUCGUUCCUGAUGGACCAGACUGAAGCUCACAGCUGAUCUUGAGCUGGAGUCUUUACUUUGAUGUAAAUUUGAACCUUCAGCAGUAACUUUGCAUGUGAAACAGGACUGUUUAAGGCUUGUGCUGAUGACACCGGGCAGCUGCUCUAAUCGUUCUUCUCAUCUUUACAGUUCUGCUGAAGACUUGUUUCUUCAAUCAAAAUGCAAACUUGUUGAAGUGAUUGAAUUUAGCAUUUAGAUUUUUUGAUUUUAUUUAAUGUUUCCUUUUAUAUUUAAUGCUAACAAAUGUAAUAUAUGUAGAAGAAAACUAAAAUGUUGAUGGUGUCUAUCGGUUUAGUUUUGUAUGAAGCACCUGAAGCUUGUUUUCACAGUUCUACCUGUGAAGAUGAUUGAUGUGCCUUUCUUUGCCUUGUUAUGCUGCCACAUGAUUUUCUUCUGACACAUUAAAGUUGUUCACAGAUUGAA